AACAAAUCAAAGAAGAGCCCAUGGAAAUCCCCGCAAGAAGAGAUCAAACCCUUGUCGCUCCCUCGCCGGCGUUCUCCGACACCGAGAUGGCCACUGCGGCAGCCCUUCUCGUCCAGCUCAGCAGCGGCGAUGUCUCCGGCGCUGAGGAAUCGGCCGGUUCGUCCUCCUCCUUUUCCUCCAUCGCAACUCGGCCUCCGCCGAGGGAUAACGAGGACGACGACGACGAUGGCCCUCGCCGGAGGAGACCGAGGUAUCGCCCUAUCUCCGUUGUAUACGCCGUCACUUCUCCGUUGAGUGCCAAGAGACGUAGGAUCCGUGGAACUUAGAAAUGGUUAUGGUUUUCAUUUUGUGAUUAAAAAAAUGUAAAUAUUUGAUGAGAAAGUUUGAGAUGUAAUAUUAGUUUGGAAUUUUUUUUUCUUUUUAAUUUAUAUAUAUAUAAAUAUAUUUUGUGAAUUGGAUGAGGAUUGAAUUAUGGUGUGCUUCUUCUUCAACUUCUUCAUCUUCAUCCAUUGGGUGUGUGCAGUGUUCCAAAAACAAUGUGGACCUUUUC